AUGGACAACGAUGAUUUUGUACUCGUGGAAAAGCGGGAUGGAGAGUUGACUCCCAGAAGUGUGAACACCACCUCUAAAUAUACAGCCAAACUCCAGCUAAUAUCAGUAGUUACCAGCCAUGAUAUUGACCAGAUAGAAAUCUGGCUCUCCCCAACAGAGUUCGAGACGGAGGGCAGUGAAUAUCAGAAACACCUGAGUGCCCAUACCUCCGGGACCGGAGACUGGCUGUUCCAUACAGACCAGUACCAGACUUGGCACGAUGAAAACAUCAACACCUUAUGGCUUCAAGGCAUACCCGGCAGUGGCAAGUCUGUCAUGGCCGCCAAGUUGAUUCGUACCUUCAAAGAAGAAGGUAUGCCGGUACUGUUCUUCUUCGCCCGCCGAAUCAUCAAAACAAACAGCGAACCUCGACAGCUUGUUCAAGAUUGCCUGUAUCAACUUUUAGGUCAGAGUGCUCUGCUUCAGGCAAGACUAAAGAUGCUUUUGGCUCUACACCCUACUGUGGAUAGUGUUCCAUUCCACGAACUCUGGAACCUCCUCUUAUUCGGCAUUGACGCCGUUCCCAAGGUAUAUGUAUUGUUGGACGCACUAGAUGAGCUUGCGGUCGAGAAUGAUGGCUUUCUUCAAUCGUUACAAAAGCUUGGGCAACAGAGCCCGAAAUCAAUCAAGUUGAUAAUAACCAGUCGUCCAGAAGCUUAUCUUCAGACAGCACUUAGAGGCCCCUUCCAGAAUCGUAUCCGUCUUGCAGGGGAAAUGGUGGACCAGGAUAUUGCCACAUACAUAGCUCACCGUCUAGGUUACCAGCAGAAUAAUCCUGCUGUGGCAGAAAGUCAGUCAGUUGUCCAGGAAAAGCUCAGCCGAAAAGCACAAGGCUUGUUUCUCUAUGCCCGUCUCAUGCUCGAUCAGAUUCUUCUUCAAUCCGAGCUGCCAGUGAAGAAACAUUUACAACACCUCCCUAGCUCAAUGGAAGAGAUGUAUGUCAGCAUAUUGCAUGAACACUCUUCGCGCUCUGGUGCCAGCCAACACUUUCAAUGCUGGCUACUCUCAUGGGUCACACACGCUUGCCGUCCACUUCGCAUCACGGAAUUAGCAGCUUUGGUCAAUGCUUCCUCUGAUCGCAGCGGGCUAAGUAGCUCGCAGGAUGCAAAAAUCAUGAUACGUAGAUCAUGUGGCCCACUUCUAGAGAUCUUAGAUAACGAAACUGUGCAAGUCAUUCACCACUCGUUUACCGAGUUUCUCUUAGACAGAAAUCGCAAUACUGAGACAACUCCCACUGAAAAUAGCAACUGGUUUCCCGUCUUAACACCUACUUCAACCCAUCGGUCUCUCACUCUCUUGUGUGUGGAUUAUCUCUUAUCUGGUUGUUUCAGAUCCUGGUCAUUGUCUGAGCGUCCGACCAAGCCAGCAGACCAUGAGCCAGACCGCAAGCAGCUAAUGGUCCAUUUCCCAUUCUUGCAGUACGCAUCGCAGAACCUACUCUACCAUGCAGCCAAGUGUGAUUCCAGUGACCCAGAGUUCAUAUUACAAUUAGAUGCUCUCUUUCAGAAUGAGAAGCACAGUUUCGAAAGCUGGAAGGACUUCAUAUUCGCAAAAAUGAACCAGACAGUCCCCGAUAGUUUUCAUCCAAUUCAUCUCGCCGCUCAGGCUGGGCUUUCGGCAUAUACCCAACACCUCCUAAAGGUACAUGGGGACCCGGAUGUUGCUGACUCUUUUAAUCGGACAGCAGUCACUUAUGCUUGUAUGCAUGGCCAAUUUGAGACUUUAGCUGCUCUCUUAGGUUACAAUGCGUCAUUUAUAACCAUCGAUAUCGAUGGCUUAACACCUAUUCACCACGCAGCGAGGGGCAACCACGUCAAGGUCGUGCAACUUUUACUCGAGGCUGGUGCAGACCCGAUGUCGCCAAAGUCCUGCGAAGACCAAGGCUACUGGAGGUGGAGUCCAUCUACAUUAGGGAAGACACCGGUACAAUAUGCGUCUGAGCUAGGUCACACAGCUUGUGUAUUGGAACUGCUACGGAACCUGGAUCUCCCUUCGAAGAGCUCAGUCCUUCCACAUUGGGCGUCUGCUACAGGUCAAUCGAAAACUCUCGAAGCCCUUCUUAGGCACCCCGCGGUUCUGGAAAACUUGGACAAGCGCGACAGCUAUGGCAACACAGCUUUGUUCCUAGCUGCGCGUCGCGGUGAACCGGAAACAGUUCGUAUUCUGCUUCAUUAUGGUGCCAAUGUAAAUGCGAGAUCGUUCAAAUUGGGCAGUUCCGAGGCCCCAUCUGACAUAGAUACCGCAAAGAGCGGAAAAGGACAGACUCCAAUCCAUGCUUGGACAGCCGUUGGAUAUAGAAGCCGGAGUGAAGGGGACGUUUGCAGCAUCGAGGAGUGGAAGAGAACAGGUGUUUUGCUGAUCAAAGCAGGUUGCGAUCUUGAAGCAAAAAACGAUGCCGGUCAGACUGCACUGUUUGCUUGGACUAAGCAGUACAUGUGUGCUCCCCGUAGAUCAGAUAGAACAGAACGAUUCGUGGAACUUCUCCUCAAACAUGGUGCCAAUCCCUGUGCGACUGACAACAAGGGAAAUACACCCCUACACAAUCUAACAAGUGAUAAUAUGAACUCUAGGGUUCUAGAAUUGUUUGUGAACGCUGGAGCCAAUAUAAACCAUGGUCGGCAUGGAGAUCUUGUAACGCCUCUUAUCUCCGCCGCGAUGAAUAAAAGCCUUGAUGUUACGCCGCUCAUCGAAAAUGGUGCGGACCCUAACUUGCAAGACUCGGAUGGCAACACGGCACUGCAUCAUAUUUGCGCAUCAUGGAUGCUCAGGUAUUCCCACGUGCAGAAAUGGCUGGAAUCCGCAGACCCUACAGUCAAGAAUAAAGCCGGAGAGACCUGUUUGUAUAAGCUAGCGUUUGGAAACGACGGCCACGAAAGAGUAAAGGCUAUCUCAUUGUUCACGGAGAAAGGACUAGAUCUUGAAUCUCGAGACCGAAGGGGAAGGACAGCCCUACUUGCUGCGUGCGCAAAUGCGGAGACGCACUUCAUCAUUGGUUUACUUGAAAAUGGUGCUAAUGCAAAGGCAAUCGACUUUCAGCACAAGUCAUGCCUCCACUUAGUUGCCCAAGUUCAACUAGCGCUGCACGGAAAUGGAGAGGAAGACUUGAACUCAACGCUGAAAAUUAUGAAAUUACUCAUGCAAGAAGGGGUUGACAUCAACGGCGUCGACAUGGACGGAAACACUCCAUUUCAUGAUGCGGUCGUAUCAGACGCUCAUUUCAUCCCCUUCCAAACCAAACUCGAGGUAUUUCUUGAACUGGGUGGGCUGGCCAACACAACAGACUAUAGAGGACAAACAGUUCUACACAAAGUAGCCAAUAUUACUAACCCGAGCACCUGUGACCGGAUAGACUUCCUCUUGCAACCCAAUCUAGGCUUAGAUGUGAGUGCACAAGAUAAUGAAGGUCUUGCGCCUAUCCAUUGUGCUUCUUCAAAAUCGGAAAUCAUCACGUGGCGACUUAUACAAGCCGGGGCAGAUAUACAAGCCCAAUCAGAUGACGGUCGAUCUCCGUUACACUUCGCGGCUGCCGCCGCGCAAAGCAAUGUCGUGGGCCUGCUAUGUAAACUAUAUAAGGAAAGUUCCUGGUCAUUGGACCAAAAGGAUGAUCACGGUUGCACUCCUCUGCACUACGCAGCUAGUUCAGGGAAUUCUGAGUGUGUCUAUCACCUGUUGCAAGUUGGAGCACAGGUAAACAUCGCAGACUGCCACGGGAGGACCCCGUUGCACAUGGCUGCAGAGCAUAAAGUCGAUGUGGCAGCACUGAGGAAACAGCGUAAAUAUAGCGGAGGAGAAUUGUGGGGACAAGUUAUCGGUGAGUCCAACACAUUGCGACGUUUUAUACACCCGAUAUUGCAGAGCGACCUACUUGAUGCCCAUUGGAAUCUAAGCUUCGCUAUCGAGCGUGAAGACGAAGCAUACAUGAUGCAAGACAUUGUACAGUUACUGCUAGGUGCAGGCGCAGAUAUCAAUAUGCAAGAUAGCUCUGGUCAAACUGCUUGCGAUGUCGCUUUACAUCUAGGUCACGAUGAUGUAUGGAAUGCGCUCUCAAUUCGCACAAAACAGUGUGAACUGAGAGACUUAAUGGGUCGGGUAUGCUCGUCCAAACGCAUACACGCUGAGGACAUUGUUCAAGGCCUUAGCCUUGAAAGGGCGGACGCGUAUAACCUUCUUCAAACUGCUAUAUCCUUGAGAAACGAGGCUGUACUAGAUGCUCUAUUACGUGCGGGAGUUGACCUGCUGACCAAAGGCCCUGAUGGGCUGACCCCAGUACACUACGUUGCGCACUGGGGUCUUUUAUCCAUGAUGAAGGCUAUGGCACCGUAUGUCAAGGAUAUCAAUGCUUUCUCUCCCCCACUACUUCACGUUGUCGCGGGUCGAGAAUUAUCCAACUUGCAGAUGAUAGUUAUGUUGAUAGGAUUGGGGAUCGAUAUCAAUGCUUCAUAUGAAGAGCCAUUCGACGUGGACUCCGAUGAAUUUACUGAGGUCUCAGCCCCAAAAUACACGGCUACACAUAUUCUCGCAGCGGGCAGGCAGUGGUGGAACAUCGCAGCACUUGAGACUCUGUGCAACGCAGGAGCAGACCUUGAGAUCACAGACUCGGAUGGAAACACCGUCCUACAAUGUGCGCUUUCCGGCAAAAGUCACGGUCAACGUAACCAUGGCUUCUGGAGGAAUGAGACUCUGGAGGUGGCUCUAAGGCACGGCGCAAAUAUCAACAAACUAUCUCCCAAUAACGACUCCACGCCUCUUCUUGUGGCUUUAGAAACCAACCGAGGUUGUAAGCUUGUCCAGAGACUCCUUGACCACGGCGCCGAUAUAAAUCUGGGCCAUGUACCAGCCUUAUUUGCUGCCAUAAAAAGUCGCGAUUGUGACGCUAUAACCAUGAUCCUGAAUGCUGGUGCGGAUGUGAAUGCGGUAUACUACCCAAAGAGACGAUAUGGGACAGGUCCCAAGAUAGAAACGCCCCUCCUAGCUGCCGCCUUAGAAGCAAGGGAGGUUGGAGAGACGGUUAUGGCCCUCCUCCUGCAGCGGGGAGCAAACCCGUUAUUGGAGCUUGAGGAUAGCAACAGCACAGUCCUCCAUCAGAUCGCCCACCACCAUGGCCGCCUUGGGCCCAUCUUAAAAUCUAGGCCAGAUGUUCUCGAAGCCACAGACUGCAACGGCCUUACCCCCUUACUGAGUGUCUGUUCCUCCGUCGAUGGAUAUUACAUGGUCGAAGAGUCAACAUCAAUUGAACUGAUAUGUGCCGGCGCAAAUAUCAACGUCACAGACAAGGAUGGCUCAACCCCUCUCCACCUUGCCAUCCGUUCAGGCAAAUGCAAAACCGUCGCUAUGUUGUUAGAAAGAGGUGCACCUUCUUCUAUAACCGACAACGCCGGUCUAUCCCCUCUAUACUACGCUCUCAGUUACUCCGAUGGCAACGAAAGACUUGAAAUGACUAAUGCAUUGCUUACCGCCGGUGCAAAUCCCCUCAUAACAGGCCCGAAUGGCGAAACAGCACUACACAUUCUCGCCCCGCUGUUAGUCUAUUAUAGCUCCCCGGACAACAGCUCCCGAUCAGCAAAGGAGACAUAUCACCAGGCUGAGCUGAAAAAUCUCUACGUUCGCUUUGUAGAAUCCGGGUGCGAUGUCAAUUUCCGUGACGCCCGGGGAGACACUCCAUUAUUUCCGUUUGUUCGGACAAUCAAGGAGCGAGACGAAUACGGUAUCGGCUCACCACCUGCGGAAGAGGAUGUCCGCCAGAUGUUCCAAGUUCAUGAUAUAUUUGCGGUUAAUGAUAAUGGGGAUACCUUAUUACAUGCCAUUGCGGGGCGGGAAGACACUCGUAUGAGUGAGAGUGAGCCUGAUGGCGUGUGGUUGUUCGAGGAAUUGAUGGCGUGUGGCUUGGAUGCUAGGAAGGAGAAUAAGCAAGGGCUAACGGCUUUGGAUGUUGCUGCAGCUCGUGGGAUGCAGGGGAUUAUGAGGCUGUUUGAGAAGGAGCAGUAG